AUGGACUAUGGGUGGGGCCAGUGCGCCCGCGCAGUGCAUUACUGGAGCCACGUGCCCCACCCAGCGUUCCCUGGAAACGUCACGGCCACACCAGCUACCAAUCAACUCCCACCGCUGGGCCGAGCGGUCGUCGCCGUCGAACUCAUUAAAACCGGUCAAACCAUGACGUAUCGUCGCGUAACGGACACGCGCAACGCUGCAGCCGCACCGCCCGCUCCCGUCGUCCCCAAUUUACCGAAAAUUCACGAGGGCCCACUACAGUUU